AUGCAGCCAAAAUCAAUAGCUUUAUUGCAAAAAAUCGAUUCAAUAGUUGAACAAUUACUUCAAAAAUUCCAAGAUAUAUUCGAAGUAUCAAUCAAUGAAGAUAAACCAAAAGAACUCCUAUCAGUUGAAUCACUAACGAUAGAAUCAGAUGCUAUUCAUAUAAUAAGACUAUGUGAAGAUUUAUUAUCAAUUUCAAGAAGUUUAAAGGAAACGUGGUGUUUGGGGACUUUGAAAGUCACAUCUACAAAUGAUUCAAAAUGGCAACAAGGAGAAAUAGAUCAUAUAUUUAAUCAAUUUAAUGUAUUGACAGAUAGAAUUGCACAAUUUGAAUCUAAGAAGACAUCGAUAUAG